AUGUCGGACAGUGAAGAAGAAAAAGAAGCCAGCUCUUAUUAUACUAAUUCUUAUUGCAACAUUGCCACUGAUUUUUAUGAGGUAUUCUAUGAAAAGAAAUUUAACAAAAUUAAUAAUAAAAGCAAUGUUAUGAAAACUUUUAUCAGGCCAUUGCAUUAUUUGGCCAUGCAAUUAAAUAUUAAACCAGGAAUGAAAGUUUUGGAUGUUGGUCGUGGUGUUGGUGGACCUGCGCUUGAAAUUUGUCAAUUCACCGGAGCCCAUAUUACUGAUAAUUCUUUAGAUGCAGUAUAUGCCAUUGAAGCAACAUGUCAUGCUCCAAAAGUUGGAAGGAGUUUAUGUCCAAAAGAAUUAUUCGUGGAAUUGAUGUAA